UAUACUUACAAAUGUUUAUUUUUUCUACCGUUCUUCUUUCCUUAACGUUACGUGUGCGUGUUUGCAACAGUGCGUUUCUUUCAUCGUGUCAUUGAGUUUAGUGGUUACCAUGGCACAGGCACAUGUUUGCCUGGAGUCCCAGUAAACCGGCUGUUGGUUGGACCCAGUGAAAGCUCUUGAGUGCUUUCUUUGGUGGGACGCACACUCAAAGUUGAGCUGAAUCUUAGCAACGGAUUGGGAACAGCUAGAUUUUUAAAGGAAAUGGAAAAAACGAUCUGUUCGAGGAUACAGGUUACCGUUUAAAAAAUGGGGUGAGAUGGGGAUGGGUAUCACUAACGGUAGAUACGUUAACGUCAGAUUGUCCAUGUACAGAAUUCCCAGCUUUAAAAAUGAAUUUAAAAAAUGAAUAUAUUACUCUGCAGGGAAGAUGAGCAGGGGGCAUGGUGUAAGAAAAAAACCAGAAAACACAGCCGAGCCGCCCUCCUUCAGUGAAGAUGUAGUCAGCGAAAUUCGGGAGCUUUUCAGCAAAACCGCCACCUACUUAAAGCCAGCGUGCGGGGAAUGGUUUAUCCCAGACCCCAACGAGUCGCUGAGGAAUGAGCCCCACCAGCACAUCCGUCUGCAGGCCCUGAAGAAGUCUCUGAAUGAGGUGAAGAACCAGCUCAGCGACAAGAACCUGGAGGUCUGGCACCAGCACACAUCCUUCACCAACAGAGCCGGGAAGAUCAUCGCGCACGUGCGAGCAGCCGCCAAUGCCGAGGUCUGCACCCAGGCCUGGUGCAAGUUCCAUGAGGUCCUGGGCUCCUUUAACCUAGUCCCUGAGCGGGCCCUGCAGGAUGGGGAGCUCAACUCGGUCCAUCUCUGCGAGGCCCCAGGGGCCUUCAUCGCCAGCCUAAACCACUACCUCAAGUCCAGAUUCCCCUUCUGCGACUGGACGUGGGCGGCCAACACCCUCAACCCCUACCACGAGGCCAACGACAGCGGCAGCAUGAUCGCGGACGACCGCCUGAUCGCCAGCACCCUGCCCUGGUGGUUCUUCGGCACCGACGACACCGGCGACAUCAUGUCCCUGAACUACGUGCUGGAGCUGAAGAGGUUCCUGGCGAACAUGCACACCGUGGACCUGGUGACGGCGGACGGCAGCUUCGACUGCCAGGCCAACCCUGACGAGCAGGAGGCCCUGGUGGCCCCGCUGCACUACUGCGAGGCCGUGGCCGCCCUGCUGCUGCUGAGCCCCGGGGGCUCCUUCGUGCUGAAGAUGUUCACGCUGUACGAGCACUCCUCCGUCUGCCUGCUCUACCUGCUCAACUGCUGCUUCCGCGCCGUCCACGUCUUCAAGCCCGGCACCAGCAAGGCCGGAAACUCCGAGGUCUACGUCGUCUGCCUGGACCACUGCGAGAAGGACGCCGCGCGGCCCCUGAUCUCCAAGAUGAUCCGGAAUUUCGGCCCGGACAUCGCCGGCCGGGGGGCCCUCUUUCCCGACCGCCUCAUUCCCGACUCGUUCCUGCGGCAGCACGAGGGGGUCUGCGCCUAUUUCCACGAGCACCAGGUCCGGACCAUCACGGAGAACCUGGGGCUCUUCCAAUCCAUGUCUGCUCAGGAGCGGCAGAGGCUGGAGCUCCUGAGGGACUGCGCCGUGCAGUUCUACACGGAGCGUUUCCAGGUGCAGCGUCUCCCCCGGCACUUGUGGCUCUGCAGAAACUCGGUCCCCGCCUGCAGCACCAACGGCAAGCUACUGAACAGCCGGAAGCAGGCCGGGUCCUUCAACGAGAGAAAGAAGCUCCAGGACCUGGACUGGAUGGCCAAGGUGGGCCUGGGCACCUGCAAGGCAUCGAUAGAAGAGCACGUCGUAGAGGCGGCCGGGAAGGGUUGCGUGUUGGCCGGGCCGGCGGAUGACUGCCACAUUGGCUCUUGGUACGUCUUGGCGGGCACUGCCUUGCCCAAGGUCAGAAGUUCACCUUUCUGUGACCUGGAACUGCUGAAGCACUUGAACGAAGCGCUGGAACAGAGCGGGUUGACCAAGGAUGGGGGACGGUGCGUUCCCUCCUGUGGCGCCUGCACGGUUUUCACCCCCGAAUCCAUCCUGUCGGAACUGGUCGACCUCCACCCCAGCCGGCUUGUCCAGGGUGCCUGCGACCAGAGGCUCCACUGCCUGGUGGUGGGGGGUUCGUCCCUGGAGGAAUGCCUGCCCCAGACCGACGAGCUGUACCUGGUGUGCUCGGAGGGGCCUUCGCACCCCAGUGCCGGCUGGACGUCCCUGCAUGACGGGGAGCCCCGGUACCAGCAGGAGCUCCUGGGCUGCAUCCUGUCCUCGCUCCGCGACCUCCCAACGGGGGGCUCCCUCGUCCUCCCCCUCCUCUCCGCCCUCACCCGCUUCACGGCCGGGCUGGUCCUCGUCCUGCACUGGUGUUUCCGUUCCAUCACCUUCCGGUGCCCCGCCCCUGCUGACACCUUUGGCGCUGCCACCGGCAUCCUCCUGUGCUCGGACUACUGCCAGCCCACCGGCGACGGGCUCCUGGAGUUCCUGGCGGAAAUGCAACACUCGAUGGCAAACUUCCCCGGGGCCGAGAGCCCCUGCCAGGUGCUGCAGUUUGUUCCCAUGGAGGUCCUCCUCAAGGGGGCGCUGCCAGAGUUCCUCUGGACCAUGAACACGGCCAUCACUCGGCACAGGCUGCAUCUGCUGGUCCAGGCUGAGCAGCACUCCAACAUGGCAACCGCUUAAGGAUCUUAAGGUUGCCAGAUUGUGGCCUUACUCCUCGUUUUCACUGCCAUUCCUGAUUUACUUUUUUGUCUGCCGGAAAAGACUAUCCUCAGCUGUUAGAAUACAGGGGGGAAAAGGGACACAUUUGUUUUGUUUAUGUGAAUUAAUUACGUCCAGUUUGUGACUGGAGGGAUGGCAUGGUACUGUCAGGUUUCUUUAUUUUUUAAAGGUUGUGGGUACAGAUACGUGGGUACGGUAUUUUUGUUUGUCAUCAGUGUUUAAGAUUCCAUAUUCCCUCUGUAUUAAGUCUGAAGUUCGGACAGCCUUAAUAAACUGGUGUUUGUAUUUUUUGAAUGCGGAAAUAUAAUUCUAAAAGUGGCUUCUUUUUAAAUGGUCUUAAAUCUUAAAUGGUCAAAAUUAAAUGCCUUUAAUCUCCUAAGGGAACAAAAUUGAUUUAAUCUUUUAAAAGGGGACAAAGUAUUUGGGCAAAGUUGCCUCAUCAAAACUUAUCAGAGUUCUAUAUUCAUGGAAAGUUUGUUGAGAAAAGUUGCCUCUUAAAGGUACAAUAGGUAAAAAAUGCUGGCCCAGACCUGAUUUACUUCUGUACAGUACAUUUUUUAGGAUACACUUGCAGUCAAAUCGAAUGUCAGAUACAGUUAAGUUAAUUAAAUAAUUAAGAGCAGAAGUUGUUUCAAUCCUGAAAUCGGUCAUUGCUGUGCACCCCUAGUAUAGAGCCACAGGGGGAGGCUACAAAAAGCGGCUACAAAACUUAACUCAAAUUGAGAAAACGUGAAUUAGGCAAAUGGAAUGUCCAUGCUCCAUCAAAAGAAAAAUGUCUUUGCCCUAAGACUUAUGAAGCUCACUGCAUAUAUUUUGACAUUUUAUAUUUCGCCUAAUAUCUGACUGAUACAAAGCACCUUACGUAGACACGCACCCUCAUAUCCUAUCAUGGGAGUCGGGUGAUGGUUGGAAUCAUGUGACUAAUGCCAUUUGCUUCUUUUGAUUUUUUAAGAAUAAACU